UCGCUGCAGUAUAGUUCUGUACACUUCGUUAAAUAACCAAACAACUUUAACAUGUCUGGACGCGGCAAAGGUGGCAAAGUAAAGGGAAAGUCAAAGACUCGUUCAAGCCGAGCAGGACUUCAGUUCCCUGUGGGUCGUAUCCACAGAAUGCUGAGAAAAGGAAACUAUGCUGAACGUGUAGGAGCUGGUGCGCCGGUCUAUCUUGCUGCAGUUAUGGAAUACCUGGCUGCUGAAGUAUUGGAAUUGGCUGGUAACGCAGCCCGUGACAACAAGAAGACCAGAAUUAUCCCUCGUCAUUUGCAAUUGGCCAUCCGCAAUGACGAAGAGUUGAACAAACUUCUCUCCGGAGUCACCAUCGCUCAAGGUGGUGUUCUACCCAACAUCCAAGCUGUUCUCCUACCCAAGAAAACCGAAAAGAAAGCAUAAGUCUAUCUAUCCCGACUUACCAUCCGACAAAA